UGUCUGUGCUCAAGCUGGUGACUGAAUUCCAAUUCUGUUUAUUUAAAGGAAAGACAGCAGUUAAUGAGUAAUCUUUGUGUCUCUACUGGACACCACUAGUCCGGAGGGCUUGUCACUGAAUCAAGAGUCUUAUCACAAAGUACAUUUUCUAAACACUAAAGCAGAGUUUUUACCAGUGCAUGAAGAACGCUUACUUGUGUUUAACCGAAAGAAGCAAAGACAUUUUACUGCUUGGUCAGUGUUAUCUAAGCAUCUCAGGAAAAAAUUAAAAAAAGAUCUAUUAUAAAGUAUCUGGAUGGAAUCUGAAAUUAAUCCAACAGGAUAUUGUCAUCAUCCAGUGGACGUUUCAAUUUCUGUUUUAGACAGUUCUCAGUUUCUUGGCCUGCAUUCAGUACAUUCAAGUUCACCGGAUCAUGAUUCACAAGGCCCUUCAUCAUUCUCUACACAGUACAACCACAUGCAGUUCCCGACAGUGCAUCAACCAAUUACAUCAUCUCCGUACCACAAUAAUUCAAGCUACUACUCUCAGCAUUCAGAAGACUGGUGUUCCAGUGGGAUUUAUGAGCUAAAUAGAAUACCUUCAGAGAACCUAUUUGCAAUAGACAGUGAUAUUGUGGACUUGCCAGCAGUCAAAAAGAGCAGGGUCAACCACUGUUCUGGAAGGGUGAAAGGAGAUGAAUUGUGUGUCGUGUGUGGCGACAAAGCAUCUGGUUACCACUACAAUGCACUAACCUGUGAAGGAUGCAAAGGGUUCUUCAGAAGAAGUAUUACUAAGAAUGCGGUUUACAAAUGUAAGAAUGGAGGUAACUGUGAGAUGGACAUGUACAUGAGAAGAAAGUGCCAAGAAUGUCGUCUACGCAAAUGCAAACAGAUGGGAAUGCUGGCAGAAUGUUUGUUAACUGAAAUACAAUGCAAGUCAAAACGCCUUCGUAAAAACAUGAAGCUUCCCUCAGAAAAAUGUUUCAGUGAAGAUAAUGACGGACUUGAGCUGAAACAAGUAUCCUCCACCACAAAAUCAAGCAAGGGAAACACAGAACUUACAUCAGAGCAGAUGGAACUUUUACAGUUUGUGAUGGACGCAUAUAAUAAAAAUCGCCUGCCUCAGGAACUGGCUACUAAACUGAUAGUGCAGGAUGAUAUUGUCACAAAUGAUGACAACUUUGUGUUUUUGACAACUAUGGCUACAAGUCAUGUACAGCUCCUUGUGGAAUUUACAAAGAAGUUACCAGGUUUCCAAACAUUGGACCAUGAAGACCAGAUUGCUCUGCUAAAAGGUUCUGCAGUUGAAGCAAUGUUCCUUCGAUCAGCAGAGCUUUUUAACAGGAAGUUACUUGACACACAUACGGAUCGACUAGCAGAGAGAAUUCGGAAUAGUGGUAUUUCGCAGGACUACAUUAAUCCAUUGUUUAAUUUUUACAAAAGUGUUGGAGAGCUAAAUAUGGCAGAAGAAGAAUAUGCUCUUCUAUCAGCAAUAGUGAUCCUAACUCCAGAUCGACAAUACAUCAAAGAUAAAGAGUCUGUGGAAAAACUUCAGGAAUCCUUCCUAAACAUUCUGGAGAAGCUUUGUAAGCAACAUCAUCCCAACAAUCCGCAGCACUUUGCUCGGCUACUUGGCCGGCUGACUGAAUUAAGGACAUUUAGUCACCACCAUACUGACAUGUUGAUGUCAUGGAGAGUCAAUGAGCACAAAUUUACCCCGCUCCUUUGUGAAAUCUGGGAUGUUUGAUCAUUAUAGCUUGCUUUGUGUCAAAAAUUGGAGCCACAAUUUAGAAAGCGUUUCAUUUUAGGUGUCAUUUUAAACAUGUACUUUUUUAUUGAAAUGUCUAAAUUUGUAUUAUUAAUAUACCGGAAAGGAAUACUUUAAGUAAUUGAUCACACUACAUCAUUAUUGAAAUUUACAGAGAUAUAGACAAAUGCACACUCAAAAAAGAGGCAGUUAGGGAUGUGAUAAGAUCCAUAUUCUGUUUAAGCCUUUGGCAUUUAAAUCUGACAGAAUUAUGAACCUGAGCCUGUAUAAUGAAUAGGUAAUGUC